UUUUGCACUGAGCAGAUCUGUAUCACUAUGGUUAAAGAUUUGUUCCAGACUAUUGUAUUGUGAGAUAUUAGGUAGACUCUAUAGCUAGAGGUAUCCUUUACCAAGAAACCAGUAUUAGCAUUGCAACCCUAGAUCUAAAUCUAUCUAGUGUUCAAUUGAUUCUGGUCUGGAGCAAAUGCCUGUGUGAUGGCUAAGUUACUCCAAAUCAUCAUCAUUUACCACUGCUUCUGUGCAGUCAUAAACGCAGAUUCAGAAUGUCGCCAAAAGUCCGUGCUGGAGGGUAUCUACACUUCCCUUCACGAUGCUAUCACCAAGUAUGCCAUAAAACAGCCAGAUGUGCAGCAUGUUGAUCUGUUACGAAUUGGAAAGAUGUUAGACUAUGACGAUUUCAAUCCUGGAAAAAAACCCAGAUUUGCAGCCCCAGGAAUUCUACCGUUAAAUGUUAUCGAGAAUGCUUUGCCUUUAGUGGACAAAAUUUUUCCCACUGGAGCCACAGUAAAACCUGCCCCAGUUAACCACUCACAGAGUGACAAAGACUAUCACUUUGAAUCGCUUUCCUCUACAUUCGAUUUCAUCCUCACUCAUAUGAUGGUGAAGCCAAGGAAUUUUUCAUCAGAAGAAAAGCUUCGAGCUAAAUAUUAUCUUCAAGAGCUUGUACCUAAUCCUGAAUUCGUUAUUCAGAAUAAAACUGAAUUACCACGUUACUUAUUGUACGAUUACUAUAGAAGUCUUUACUUGAGAGAAAAGGAGGAUAAAGAGAGUCAGAUGGACAUCCACAGAGAGUCACUAACACAGGAAGGCUACGAAAACUGGGGUGUACAAAAGUUGCCCUCCCUUGAGAGUGAUUCAGAAGCAGCAUUUCAAAAAUGGAUGAUUUUCGGUUACAAAAGUGAAGUUGAGCAAGAGCUGCAAUACUUUGAUAUUGAUUCUCACGAAGACACGCUAAUGAGCACCCGUGCUCUGUUUAAGUCGAUGGCAGUAUACUCUACACAUGAUCCACACGUCCAAGUUUAUCCAUUCAGACUUGACCCAGAAGACUGGUUCCAGUCAUUGAAAUUGAAACAACCCGAAAGCUCAGAUGAGCUACGAUAUCGGAUAUCACUCCUCAAGGCACAGCAAGCAUUAAUGAAUGCUACACGAAACGAUCUUGCCGAUAAGACAAAUGAAGAUGUAAGCAACUCACUCACAAAGAUUAAGGAGAUUAUGGCAAAGCUUCAAGAGAGAGUAGAGAAUGCAGUUGACAAACUAGUUCAAAUGGAAGUAGAUUGCUUUGCCAAAGUAAACCUUACAGUGUGUGGAAAUAUCAUCGACAGUCACACUGCUUUUAGGCUUUUGCUUGAUGGUGUUGCUGAGCAUUAUGAGCAAGCAGCGUAUCUCGAGUCCAUCCUGAACAGACGAGAAGAGACAAUAUCAGUGCUACGACAGAAAUUAAACGAGGUGGCAGUAAGCAUAAAGGAUCUUAACAAGAGAAUCUUACAAGCUCAAGAUGCUGAAACAGGCGAGUUAAUUGAUCUUAGCACUGGCAGGCUUGUUGACAAAACAUCAAGUGCAACAUGCAUGGAGGCCGGAAAAAUUCAGUUCACAUAUCAAUCUUCACAAGAGCCCAUUGAUACGUCAAAGUGCUUUGAAGAAAUUCAAAAUGAUGAGUCCAAGAAAUACUGUGCUGACGUUCGAGUUCCUCUGAAUGCAGCCCAGUCACCACUUUGGUCUGUUCACUCUUGCUCAGUUGAUCAUGACCUAGAAGCAUUCGAUAAUUUACUGAGCGAGUUUCAUCAUGUGAUGAACACAAUCGAUACGGAAAUUACAGCAUCUCUUCACAGAGUGGAUGUACACCGACCUUGGCUAGAUGAGAAAAUAUUUCAAGAUUCAGAUCAUUACACAAUGAAACGAAACCGAGGAAUUGUAUCACCUGGUCCUGUGUCCCCAUUAAACUAUUUCCAUCAAGUUGCUCAAAGUGGUCAGUACCUUAUGGCACAAUUCACCUCUUCUCUUGUGUUAGCUACAAAUGUGUCGAUAUUCUUUCCCGGACUAGGUAGUUGGAGGGACGAACAAAAUAAUGAUGUUGAUAAUCACACAAAUGCAGUCAUUAAUAUGCUAAUGAAAUAUGCGUACGCUCCAACUCUUGAGGGAGGAUAUGGACCUUUUACUCUUGCACCUGAAGGAGGCACUAGAAAAGAGAGUCAUAACUUUAGAGUAGAACGAAAAAAUGGUGGGGUGUUACUGCAAGCUCCAGGAGCUCAGCUCAUUGGAUUCAUAUCAAGUGUCAUACCAAAGUUCCCAGAAGAUCAAGGACCUGCCCCAAAACCUGUUUCCUGUAUCUCGGAGCCAUCGCAAGACCAAGAUAAUCGACGAAAAAGGAGGUCAAUUCUUGAAAAUGACACACCAUACAAACCAAAAAAUAUAAGAAAACUGUCGAAUAGGCUAUUUUCAGAAAAAAUGGACAAAUCUCAAGGUCGAACUGCUGGAACAGUGCUGCAUCAUUUACCAAGUGAGUCUCUUGACGACCUCCUAAGAAAAGCAGGUAACACACAUAACAAAAUCGACAAACUUCUUGAGAAAAUAGAUACUGAUAUGGAAUUACCUGCAGCCUUUUUUGAGUGAACCAAAUUUGGUGUUUCUUCUGCAUGUAGAUACUUAAAGACGUCCAAACAGUUGAUAGUAGUGUGUAUAAUAUAUAGACAUGUCACUGUGUACACUGCUUAUAAUAGCUAUUUAACUUAGUAAAAUACAUGCUGAAUUUAUUUGUGAA